CCUAGCUAGGGUUUAUAAACGUAUAAGGGCUGCGCUUUAGCCACUCUUGGUUCUCUCUGCGCCUCUCUUUUUCUCCGCUUUUGCUUCUUCAUCCGAUCCGAAAUGGCUCCGAAGAAAGAGAAGGCUCCUCCACCCUCGUCCAAGCCCGCCAAGUCCGGCGGUGGCAAACAGAAGAAGAAGAAGUGGAGUAAGGGGAAGCAGAAGGAGAAGGUGAACAACAUGGUGCUAUUUGACCAGGCUGCUUAUGACAAGCUUCUUUCUGAAGCUCCCAAAUACAAGCUCAUCACUCCUUCCAUUCUCUCUGAUCGUUUGAGGAUCAAUGGCUCACUGGCAAGGAGGGCAAUUAAAGAACUGAUGGCUAGAGGUUUGAUCAGGAUGGUGUCUUCCCAUUCAAGUCAGCAGAUAUACACAAGGGCUACAAACGCUCCACCAUAGGCGUCUCAUUGCUGCCUUUGUUUUAUGCAUUGUUGAUUUUGAGUGCUACUUUCUCCUUUUUCGAAUUAACUAAAAUUUCUCAAUGCUCCUUACAGCAAAGGGAUACAUGCUAUGCUGCCUUUUUCAUUAUACUUUGUAGGCUUGGAUCCAGACUAGCUCCUUUAUGUUUAAUUGAGAUUUAUCAGACUUUUUGAUAAUGCCA